AUGCAAGAAUUAUUGAUAAAGUUAUUCAAUAUUGUAAUAAAAUGUGUAUAAUCUUUUUAGAUUUGUGAAGAGGAUUAAACAAAAUAGAAAUUCAAUAAAUGCAAUAAUACUUGUGAAUAGUUAAAAUUAAUUACAGAUAUCAUAAUUAAAAAGCAAUCAGAAUUUCUAAGUUUAGAAAAACAAUUAUAAAAAUAUGAAUCUGAAGUUAGAAAAAACAUUAGAGUAUUCUAUAUUUUUAAUUAUUAGGAUUAGUACUUAAUGCAAUAAUAAUAAGAUGAUUUAUAACAAAAAAUAGAAGAGCUUGAAAAAUGCAGAAAUGAAUUUUUAAGCAAUACUAAGAAUACAAUAAUUGUAACAAUUCAAUUUUAAAUGUAGAAAUUAAAACGAGAAAACGAAGAAUUAUAUUAAAAAUGCAAAUCCUUAACUGCUUAAUUAUAAAAAAUUGAUAAUUAAGUAUAUUCAUAAAUAAUCAAUAUUUUAGUCAAUCAGCAAAUAUUCUACCGUUGAUAAUACGAUUACAAAUAUAACAAAUACUCUAGAUUAAGCAAAAUUGAGACCGAAAACUAACACUACUCCUCAAAAAUUAAAAACAGAUGUAGAUGCAUCAUAAAAAAGAUUAAGCCAAUAAUUAAUUAAGCCUAAUUACUUUUAAAAAAAACAAUCUACACAGAUUUCUAUACAAAACAAACGAUAAUCUUAUUAAUAUAUGGAAAAUUAACUAAAUUUAACUACUAGUAUGUGA